AUGAGCACAACGACGAAGAGCAAAAUGGAGGGCCCCAAGACCGUGGUGGUCACGUGUGGAGCGACGGUGCCGUUCCCAGGGCUGGUGAAUGCGGUGCUCGACCGCCGGGUGCUCGCAGAACUGGCGCAGUGCGGGUUCUCGCGGGUUAUGGUGCAGUACGGGCGCGGGUUCGCAGCGGAAUUCGAGCGCCAGGUGGGCGCGGCCGGCGCGGUGCGUGCGGCGUGUGAUGCGGAGGGCCUAGAGGGCUGCGAUGCGCAUGCGUGGCGCUGGCAGGGGCUGGAGAUCAUCGGGUUCGCGUUUCACGCGCAGAUGGAGAGCCUCAUUGGGACGAGCGCGGCGCUGGUGGUGUCGCACGCGGGGACGGGCAGCAUCCUGGACGCGCUGCGGCAGCAGAAGCCGCUGAUCGUUUGCGUGAACGAGGCGCUGCUGGACAACCACCAGGAGCAGAUCGCGCGCCGGUUCGAGGCGCUGGGGCACCUGUGGGCGAUCCGCGCGGACGUGGACGAAUUGGCCGGGGCGCUGGCGCGCAGCACGCGCGAGACUCUGGCGCCGCUGCCGCCGGCGUACAAGCAAGGCUUUGCCGAGUUGCUGCAAGAUGUAGCUCAUCGCUAG